CUAAACGAAAAACGAACUUAUCAGUUAAUUUCAGCCUACAAAUUACCGUACUAAAACAUUUUCUGAAAAAAGAAAUGUAAUAAGUGUCGAAUACAGAAUAAUUGUCUUUUUCAGGUCGCCUCAUACAAGGAAAUACGAAAGAUGACAACCCUAUAACAACGCUUUCAACCAAAGAAUGGCGAAUAUUAAAAUAUUUUUUUUUGUUCAAGGAUUUAAGUUUUAAAGCUGAGCAAGGGACGCUGCGGUGGGAUCAAAGACUAGCUUUCUAGUUAUUUGCCUUCUUUGUCGGAACUACAAAGGGUGAUGCGACUAUGAAUAUUAUGCUGUGAUUGUGUGCCUGUACUUAAUAGCGGCCGACUCUUUGUUCUAUAUCUUCUGCACAUACCUGAAAAUGCAUUUCCGUAUUCUCGGCAAUGAGCUCAGGAAUGUUGUGACUUCCUCCGUAGAUGACACCAAGAGGAAUAUGAGGAAAUGCGCCAGUAGACACCAACAGCUGAUCGCAUUGGUAAACUUACUGGAGCUAAUAUAUUCAAAAUCAACUCUUUUCAAUAUAAUAAGCAGCUCCAUUUUGUUGUGCUUAAGUGGAUUUAACAUAGCGGUGGUACAGAAGACCAGCGCAGUUCUGACAUUCGCUCCAUUCCUGAUCAUGAGCCUCACACAAGUGUUUCUCAUGUGCUUCUUCGGCGACUUGCUCAUGGCUUCUAGUAUCCAAAUAAGCGAUGCAGUUUACGGCUGUGGGUGGUACGAUGCGGAGCUGUCGAUCAGGAGGAUUGUUCUGAUUAUUAUGAUUAAAUCUCAAAAGCCUUGUAAAGUAACGGCGGCCAACUUCGUAGACCUGAAUCUGGCAGCUUUUACGACGAUCCUGAGCCGGUCGUGGUCCUUUUUUGCUCUUCUGAAAACUAUGUAUAACUAGCUGGUACACGUGUCUUUGUCUGCAUUAUUUAACUGUCAUCUAUACUAUUGUAGUACCUUGUGUAGAUUAUUUUUUCUUUAAGCUUUUUCAACUUCAAUACAUAUCUAGUAUAGAAAAAAAUUGUAUUUUUUUAUCAAGUAACUAUCUAAGUUUUGAAGAUUUUUUCCGACAUCUUUUCAAGGUUGUGAAAAGUUCUCCCGUUUUUGCCGUCGAUCUAUAUGUACUAGCUGACACCGCGCGGUUUCACCCGCGUGGUUCCCGUUCCCGUAAAAAUACAAGGAUAAUAUAUAGCCUUCCUUGAUAAAUGGGCUAUCUAACACUGAAAGAAUUUUUCAAAUCGGACCAGUAGUUUCUGAGAUUAGCGCGUUCAACCAAACAAACUCUUCAGCUUUAUAAUAUUAGUAUAGAUACUAUCAAAAUGUUGAAACUGUUUAGUUUAGGCGUAAUAACGUAAAAGACAGUUAAAUACAUUAAAAUAUAGUCUGGCAAGUUCGUUGAUAACACUCCCAUGAUAUGCGUGCGACGGGGGGAAAGACUACGCGGG